GAUGUCGAUGCCGCCGCCGGCUCUUCCCGGUCGCGGGUUAUAUAGAGCGGAGCGUGGAGCCCGCUCAGAGCCGGCCGGGAGCGCUCCGACUUGCAAGUGGCGCUCCGCUGCAGAGCCAGGUGCCCAAGUGACAGCCGCGGGGAGUGCAGGGCAAGGGGACACGAAACCGCGGGGUCAGCUGCAAGCCGUUGGGCAGCGCUCGCCUGCGCGGAGUGGGCAGCCCUUUCCCGGCGCUCUGCUGCCCCGCACCCCACUCUCCCACCCUCUUCGCAACUUGGGUCAAGUUGACAACUCCCGCGGCGGCCGGCCGGCCAGUGCCAUCUCCGCUGCGCACCCCUCCCCCAGGGUGAGAGGGAGCCGUCGCGCCGGCUCCGGGGACAUUUGGGCAGCGGCGGCAGCUUGGCCAUGAGGGCAGCGCGCGUUGCCUAACUCGCGGCUGUCACCGCCACUGCAGCGGGACCCGCCGGCCGGGCGCUGCGGGACAGGAGGGCGGCUGCCGGCAGGAGGCGCCGAGCCCGGCGGCUGCCGCAGCAGGCACAGCCCGGGGCCACAGCGCCAAUCCUGGGCGGGAGUGGCCCCGCGCAGGCAGGGAGCGGCGCCGUGCACUCCAGCCCGGCUGGCACCUCCGGGGCGGGCGCGGGGCGCAGCCUUCUGGUCCCGAAGCCUCUGACAAGCGCCCCCGGGCCGGGGGCCGGGCUGCCUGGCGCGGGGUGGGCGCGGACGCGGGCGCUGGGCUCGCGCAGGUCCCGGGCGUCGCGAUGAACAUCGUGGUGGAGUUCUUCGUGGUCACUUUCAAAGUGCUCUGGGCGUUCGUGCUGGCCGCGGCGCGCUGGCUGGUGCGGCCGAAGGAGAAGAGCGUGGCGGGCCAGGUGUGCCUCAUUACGGGCGCCGGCAGCGGCCUGGGCCGCCUCUUCGCGCUCGAGUUCGCCCGGCGGCGGGCGCUGCUGGUGCUCUGGGACAUCAACACACAGAGCAACGAGGAGACCGCGGGCAUGGUGCGCCACAUCUACCGCGACCUGGAGGCGGCCGACGCCGCCGCGCUGCAAGCUGGAAAUGGUGAGGAAGAAAUUCUGCCCCACUGUAACUUGCAGGUUUUUACCUACACCUGUGAUGUAGGGAAGAGGGAGAAUGUCUACCUGACGGCUGAAAGAGUCCGCAAGGAAGUUGGUGAGGUCUCAGUCCUGGUCAAUAAUGCUGGCGUGGUCUCUGGGCAUCACCUUCUGGAAUGUCCUGAUGAGCUCAUUGAGAGAACCAUGAUGGUCAAUUGCCAUGCACACUUCUGGACCACUAAGGCUUUUCUCCCAACGAUGCUGGAGAUUAAUCAUGGUCAUAUUGUGACAGUUGCAAGCUCCUUGGGAUUGUUCAGUACUGCUGGAGUCGAGGAUUACUGUGCCAGUAAAUUUGGAGUUGUGGGUUUUCAUGAAUCCCUGAGCCACGAGCUAAAGGCUGCUGAAAAGGAUGGAAUUAAAACAACCUUGGUUUGCCCUUACCUUGUAGAUACUGGCAUGUUCAGAGGCUGCCGAAUCAGGAAAGAAAUCGAGCCUUUCCUGCCACCCUUGAAGCCUGAUUACUGUGUGAAGCAGGCCAUGAAGGCCAUCCUCACCGACCAGCCCAUGAUCUGCACCCCCCGCCUCAUGUACAUCGUGACCUUCAUGAAGAGCAUCCUCCCUUUUGAAGCAGUCGUGUGCAUGUACCGAUUCCUAGGAGCAGACAAGUGUAUGUACCCCUUUAUUGCUCAAAGAAAACAGGCCACAAACAAUAAUGAAGCAAAAAAUGGAAUCUAAAAAUCUUUUUCUAUGGAAAAUUGUUUCUAUCAGAAGACGAUCAAGAUGUUUUCAGUCCGAUGCACAUCAGCAUUACUGACAUUCUAUGGAUUCUAACCCCUUGUUGACUUUCUUUUUCCAAUCAACUUUAUAAAAAAAAAUAAAGUGUAAAUUAACUGACUUAGAGUACUUGGAAAAUUGAUCAGUAAAAGUGAGCUCGGGUUGUUGCCAACCGGAGUCCUUUUAGACAGAAGCCUAAGACCAGUCAGAUCUUUAGAUAAAUACUACGUGACAUCUUCAGGCUACCGUUAUUUUUUUAAUGAGCAGAGAGUCUAGAAAUGAUAACUAUGAUGUAUUUCAUGUAUGUGAUUUUUUUCAGAAUUCCCAUAGAGUUUAUUCAUUCUUGUCGUUACACUAGCCCGUUGACAUCCUUGCAUCUUCAAGGACUAUAGUGCUAUAUUUUCUAAUGUUUUCUAAGUUUUAGUUUUGUGAAGCCUAUGUGGUUUUUUCCAUGGUGUUGUAUGUUCAGCUCUUUUAAAAAGGAAUUUUGAAACCUCUGCCAAUUUGAAGUAAAUGAUGUCUGAGUAUUAAACUAAACAUGAUCAGGUCUCUUUAUUAAAGUCAGAAUGACUAAAGUACUAGUCGAAUUUUUUUUAUCUCUGAAAUACUUCAUUAAGUAUAUGGAGACCUAGUUAUCCAAAAAGACCAUACAUUCUCUACCUAUGAAUUUUGCUGCAUACAGAAAGUGCCCUUUCCUCAGGAGGUUGCUAUGUUUCAUUUCCCUGGAUGGACUCUUAUCUAGAUACAUAGCGGCUCUGCAAAGAAAUAGCCUCUAAAAAUGGGAACUUCUCCAUUAAAAAGUCCCCAUUUUUGUGCCAACUAUGAUUAGUGAGGGGGAAAAUCUUAUUCUAUGGAGUAUGUAUGGAAGGGUGUAAAGAUUCUUUUGAAAAGUUUAUUCACAUUGUAGAACAGCAAAUGACAUUUUUACAGUAUUUUUUUGUAAAGCAAACUAUUUUGUGCCUUGAAUUUGGUAUAUGUGUAUUAGUGAAACAUUGUAAAAGUGAACUUCUACCUCUGUAUCUAAAUGUAUACCAUCCACUUGUAAAUUACUAUAAACUAUUAUGUGAUUGCUUUUUUUUUUUAGACAGUCUUGUUUAAAUAGUGACCAAUGUUUAAGGCUGUUAAAAUAAGCCAACUUUUACUAAUUGGGAAGUUUUAUAAAGGACUGAUUAAAUUUUGAAAAUUAACUUA